AUGAAUCGAUUCUGCCACUUUGUGAGUGAUCUCGCCGUCGGCGCGAGUCUCCGGGUCGGCGGCGGGAGCCCGUCGACUCUGACCGGUGCACUAUGUGAAACGCGCAGAUGCGCGUCGCGAGCGCACAGAAAGGAUGGCUCCGCGUUAGCUCCCAAGGCGCCCCAAUUCGGCGAGAAGCAUGAGAUUGCAUCUGUAUCAACCACGCAUAUAUCAUAUGAGGCUGUUUCCUCCGCCGAGAGGUGGGCCGAGAGACAUGAACGCCGGGUGGAUGCAGGGAAUCUAGACUUCGCGAGCACAAUCGGGCCUAGCUGCAUACCGGUACACAGACCUCCCCGGGAACCUGCGUUUCUAGGCGGAGCGGGGUACCCUACGCGGACCUCUGCGCGCAAGACGGGUAGCUCACAGCACGGCCAGAACAUGGGACAACACGAAAUGCGCGGGUCUCGGUCUGUCGAUGGCGCUCGCGCGACAUCUACGCAAGGCCUUCGUACUGACCGCAGGCCGGAGAUGUUCUAUGACAGGGUCCACCGAGCGGCGUCGGGAAAUCGUGCGGUUGGAUUUCCCGCCUCUCGUACGACCGCCAUUCUACGGACCACUGAAGAUAUGACGCCACGGCGGGCGCUGGCGAGAAAGAAGCGACUGUGCAUCGCACGAAGACCGUGGUGCCCGGUGAAGCUGAUGAGGCCUCCCGCGGUCAUUUGCGCUGAUGCCUUUGGGAUUGGCUCGUUGCGACUGGGCGCCCGGCGGACGUUCCCGUACGCAUGCAUGUCGAUGCCUGAGGGCACACGCAGUAGGCAGUUCAGCACACAGGUUGGAUUGAAUAGCGCCUACGAACUAGAUCCAAGGAUCAAGUCCCAUCGGGGGAGGGGCCCGGGUUCUCAGCUCGCGGCGUUGAUGGCUGGAAAUGGAAGGGAGCCAGUCGGACUGCGCGUCGGAGAAGCGGCUGCCCAUUUGGACGGUGUCAGGCGGUGGAUGGCAGGCGAUGGUCCUCGGACAGAGGGGACGGCCGAGGGCAAUAUGGACGUGUGCGGCUGCUUCGACUUCCCCCCGGCGCAUGAUGCCACCUUCCACGUCGCCGGUGCGCCUGGGCUUGCGCGCACCAAGGGCUCGCUUCGCAGCCCGUGCCGAUACAGCCACGCCCACGCCUGCCACACACGCGUCGUCUUCCAGCGCCCGAACCAGCAGAAAUGGGGUCCCAACGCUCAAAGGAGAUUGACUCCAUAA